AUGUUUCACGAGAAAUACAGGCGUUUGAUUCUCAAUCGCUCAUUUGUCAAAAAAUAUGCCACGAAAAAUAAUUCGGGCGUCCAGAAACCCGACCAGCCGGAACCGAAACGAAAUGCUCAAACCAAAGUGCUGUCCAAUACUAAUCGAGCGGGCUCGCUCAUGUUACCAGCAGAGACUGUGUCAUACAAAAUCUGUAUCAAGCCACCGUUGUUGCAGUUGAACGAUCCAAAACAAUUCACAAUCGAACUGUUUGGAAGCAAAAAUUCGUGGACACAGCCAAUCACUGUGAUUCGACACGACCCGGGUGAAGAGAUGUCCUAUGUUUGGGUGGAGCAUAAACCGAUUGGAAACUUGAAAGCAAUGCGACUUCUGUUGGCGAACGAGAAUAAAUCAGGCACACCGAACUUCCGGUGGACAGAAGUCACUGUUCAACGUAUGCUGAAGGGAACCGAAAUCGCUCAGCUAUUGACCAAACCACAGUACUAUACGCUGAUUCCUGAUGUACUACGAAAUCGAUGGACGAAGUCCUUGAGCGUUCAGCGAGCUCGAGCCUGUGAAGUUGGACAGAUUGAUGUGCAUAAGAUCUCACUGCCCGUAGCACAGCGUCACGUGUUUAGACGUCAAUCAGAUGAAAGUCCAAUCGGAUCAGUUGUGAAACCAAAGCUAUAUGACCUCAUUAUCAAACCAGUUUAUGUACGAAUCACAUGA